GAUCUUUUGGGGUCGUACGUGUGCGAGUGUGGGGGUGACAGAGGUUGGGGGCGGGGGGCACCCCCCGGCAUUGGGCAACAGGGAUGGGGCAAGCCCGGGGUUGGGCAAGCCGGGGGGGGCACCAACCCAAUACGAGCAACAUUCCCGGUGUCACCGCAAUCCCUGCGGGUCCCUGCGCCGCCCUGUCCCCCCCUGCGCCCCGCCGGGGAGCGGGGACAGUCCCCGGGGGCUCACGGUCCCACAGACACCCCCAACCCCAGACGAGGGGCUCCGAGGGCUGGGGACACCCCACGAGCGGGGCCGUGUCCCCGAGGGGGACCAGACGUGCCACCGCCUGCCUGCGGGACACGCUCGGGACCCCCCAACCCCGUGUCUCCCCCCAAAAAAACUGCCACUCUGUGGGCUGGGGCCAGGCGUUUCCGGGGGGGGGCAGCCGAGCCCCGGGGCGGGUUCCCCAACCUCCUGGGGGGGAUAAAAGGGGCCGCGGGGGGUGGCGGUGGGGGACAAGGAUGCCGAGCUCCUGGGUGCUGGUGCUGGCGGUGCUGGGGGGGGCCUGUGCCCUCCCCGCCCCGGCCCCCCUCGCCUACACCCAGGCGCUGGCCCAGGCCGUCGACUCCUUCAACCAGCGCCCCGAGGUGCAGAACGUCUUCAGGCUGCUCAGCGCCGACCCCGAGCCCAACCCGGGCGUCGACCUGAGCACGCUGCGGGGACUCAACUUCAGCAUGAUGGAGACGGAGUGCGCCCCGAGCAUCCGGGUGAACCCCGACGACUGCGACUUCAAGGAGAACGGGGUCAUCAAGGAGUGCUGGGGGCCGGUGCAGUUCCUGCAGAGCUCCCCCGAGAUCGAUCUGCGCUGCACCGACGCCUCAAACGACCCGGUUCUCAUCCAGCGGGGCCGGUUCGGGCGGUUCCUGAGCAGGAUCCGACGCUUUCGGCCCAAGAUCAGUAUCCACAUCCAAGCCAGCGGCUCCCUGCGCCUGGGCUGAACGAAUAAAGGGGCCGUGACGGCCGCUGU